CUACUCACCACCAUGCCUUACAACUGCUGCCUGCCCAGCAUCAGCUGUCGCACCAGCUGCUCCUCCAGGCCCUGCCUGCCCCCCAGCUGCCACGGCUGCACCCUCCCCGGGGCCUGCAACAUCCCUGCCAAUGUGGGCACCUGUGGCUGGUUCUGUGAAGGCUCCUUCAAUGGCAAUGAGAAGGAGACCAUGCAGUUCCUGAAUGACCGUCUGGCCAACUACCUGGAGAAGGUGCGCCAGCUGGAGAGGGAGAAUGCCGAGCUGGAGAGUAGGAUCCGGGAGUGGUGCCAAGAGCAGGUGCCCUACGUGUGCCCUGACUACCAGUCCUACUUCAGGGUCAUUGAGGAGCUCCAGCAGAAGAUCCUGUGCACCAAGGCAGAGAAUGCCAGGCUAGUGGUUCAGAUUGACAAUGCCAAGCUGGCUGCUGAUGACUUCAGAACCAAGUAUGAGACUGAGUUGUCCCUACGCCAGCUGGUAGAAUCUGACAUCAAUAGCCUACGCAAGAUCCUGGAUGAACUGACCCUGUGCAAGUCUGACCUGGAGGCCCAAGUGGAGUCCCUGAAGGAAGAGCUGAUCUGUCUCAAGAGGAAUCAUGAGGAGGAAGUCAACACCCUGCGCUGCCAGAUUGGAGACCGUCUGAAUGUGGAGGUGGACGCUGCCCCAACUGUGGACCUGAACAGGGUGCUGAAUGAGACCAGGUGUCAGUAUGAGACCUUGGUGGAGAACAACCGCAGAGAUGUGGAGGAAUGGUUCACCACUCAGACAGAAGAACUGAACAAGCAGGUGGUGUCUAGCUCUGAACAGCUGCAGAACUGCCAGGCAGAGAUCAUUGAGUUGAGACGCACCGUCAAUGCCCUGGAGAUUGAGCUGCAGGCCCAGCACAACCUGAGAGAUUCUCUGGAAAAUACCCUGACAGAGACUGAGGCCCGUUAUAGCUCUCAGUUGUCCCAGGUACAGUGUAUGAUAACCAAUGUUGAAGACCAGCUGGCUGAGAUCCGAGGUGACCUAGAGAGGCAGAACCAAGAGUACCAAGUACUUCUGGAUGUCCGGGCCCGGCUGGAGUGUGAGAUCGCCACAUACCGGGGUCUGUUAGAGAGUGAGGAUUGCAAGCUUCCCUGCAACCCUUGUGCCACAACCAACGCGUGCGGCAAACCCAUCGGCCCCUGCCCAGUCAGCAAUCCCUGUGUCCCAUGUGUCCCCUGUGCCCCCUGCACACCCUGUGUCCCUCGUUCACGUUGUGGCCCCUGCAACUUUGUGCGCUAAGGGUGUCAUAGUAAGGAGGUGAAAGGAGAAAAGGGUUAAGUGCUUCUAACCUUCGCAUAGCCCUGCUCAUAUCAGUGGGAUGCUGGGAGACAGGGAAGAAACACAUUGGAAAUAUUUACACCCCUAAAGUGGACCAUUCAGUGCUACUCCCAAGGGUGCUGGAAACUCAAAAAACAUCUUCUGCCCCCUUUUAAAAAAUUGAGUUUGCUUUUCUCUCUGUUGCCUCAGAAUCUUCCCAAAACAUAAGAGGCACUCCUUUGUAACUUCCUAAUAAACUGAC